AUUUUCAUUUCAAUUAAUAAGCAGAUUGAGAACUCGACAUAUUUUCUCAUUUCAAAGCUAUUAUUAUUAUUAUUAUUAGCCCACAAGAAAAGGAAAAAAAAUGAACUCGAGUAAAAGUGAACGAGAUGCAGAAAUAAAAGCAUUUGAUGAAACAAAAUUAGGAGUGAAGGGAGUCGCAGAUACUGGUGUUUCAACCAUUCCCUCUUUUUUCAUUGACCCAACUAUUAUUACACCCACUUCUCAGUCUGAUUAUGCUGUCUGUAGUAUCCCAAUCAUUGAUCUUAGCGCCGCCGCCGCAGUCGAGAAGAUUCGAGAAGCAUCUGAGGAAUGGGGUUUUUUUCAAGUGGUGAAUCAUGGGAUUCCUGACACUGUUUUAGAAGAGAUAUUGAAAGGAGUAAGAGAGUUUUUUGAGGAAGAUGAUGAAAUGAAGAAAAGUUACUAUUCUAGGGAUUAUGAGAAUAAAACGUUUGUUUAUAAUAGUAAUAUUAAUUUGUAUAAAGGAAAGACUGCUAAUUGGAGAGAUUCUUUUGGUGUUAUGAUGGCUCCUUAUCCUCCUCUUCCUCAUCAAUUGCCUACCCCAUGCAGGGAAAUACUAAUAGAGUACUCAAAGCAAGUGAUGAAGGUGGGAAAAGUGUUGUUUGAGCUACUAUCUGAGGCACUUGGAUUGGAAGCAAAGCACUUAAAUGAAAUAGGUUGUAGUGAAGGGCUAAAUGUUAUGGGUCAUUAUUAUCCAGCUUGUCCACAACCAGAAUUAACACUGGGAACCUCAAAACAUGCUGACAAUGUCUUCUUAACUCUGCUAUUGCAAGACCAAAUUGGUGGUCUUCAAGUUCUUCAUCACAAUCGUUGGGUUGAUGUUCCUCCCACUCCUGGAGCUUUAGUGGUUAACAUAGGGGACCUUUUACAGUUGAUAACAAAUGAUAAAUAUAAAAGCGUGGAACACAGAGUAUUAGCCAACAAAAGGGGUCCAAGAAUAUCUGUGGCAUCAUUUUUCUCGACAUUUUUACUUGAGACAUCUAGAAAGUAUGGACCUAUCAAAGAAUUAUUAUCGGAAUCAAAUCCGCCAAAGUAUCGUGAGACCACAGUGAAAGAAUGUAGUGCCUACUUCAUAAAUAACGGGCUUAAUGGUGGCUCAGCUCGUGAACAUUUCAGACUCUGAUUGACAUAUUCUUCCGUAUAUGUACCUCAUACAUGAUGCAAGAGCAUGCGGCAUUUCAUCUUUUAGAGAAUCCUAAUUCUAUUAGGAUUUUUCAUAGUAUCCUAGUUCUAUUAAGAUUUCUCAUAGUAUCCUAGUUCUUUAAGGUUUCUAUUUAUGUACGGUAGUAUUUUGAUUAGUAGUAUUAGCAGUAUUUUACUUACAAGUUUUUACUACUCUAUUUAAAAUAUGUUUUUCUUGUUUUA